AUGAUUACCACAUCGGUCACAGACAUUCAGGAUCAAGAGGAGACUCUGCAGGAGCUGAAGAGGAGGAUGGGGGAGGUGCAGAGAGAGAGGGAGAGAGACGGGGAGGCACUACGACGUCAGACCAGCGAACUGGGCUACAUCACAGAGAGAGAGGAGAGAAUGAAGAAAGAACUAGAGACCGCCCUACAGAGAGUCAAGACUCUAGAAACCAACAUAGAGUCUGAGAGAGCUGCUCACCUGGAGUCUAAAUUCAACUCUGAGAUCAUACAGCUGCGUAUCCGUGACCUGGAGGCAGCUCUACAGGUGGAGAAGUGUAGCCAGGCUGAAGCCGUGUCCAGUCUGGACAUGGUCAAACAACAGUUCAGAGAGGUGGAGCGAGCCUACGGCAUAGAGAGAGACAGGGCACGGGACUCUACUGGCAGACUGGCACAGCUGGAGAAGGACUACCUGAGUUCUAAGGCAGAGUUGAGUGCAGAGUUGGAGAAGGAGAGAAGAACUGCAUCACAAGUCCGAGACCAACUACAGGAACUACACACGCUACAUACACACAGCCUGACACAGCUGGACAUGGCUCGUAAGCGUCAGGUGUUGCUGGAGGAGGAAUUUGAGAGCUAUCUUAGAGAUUUACAACAGCUACUGCAACUACACACCGCUGUAGGACAACUCACCACAGAAGAGCCUGUUGGAGAGGGAAGAAAGCACAGCCCCUCUACUAUCAUGAACAUGCUGGGGACAACCCUGACUACAUACCAGACCACCCUGGACCAGACUACUACAGAGGUCCUGGAUCAGCAGAAACAGUCAGAGAGGCUGGUCCAGGAGGUUCAGUCCAACCAGCGACUGAUGUCAGAACAGAAGAGUCACUUAGAGGAGCUCCGUGCAGCGCUGUCUGACUGUAACGUAGAGUUACAGCGUCUGAGAUCCCUGUGUUCUGAAAAGACGCUCCAGACCAACCGACUACAGACCGACCUACAGACGUCCCAGCAACACUGGGAGAGGGAGAGAGAAAGGGAGAAGCAGAGAGAAGGAGAGAGGGAGAAAACGAGGGAGAAGCAGAGGGAAGGAGAGAGGGAGAAGGAGAGAGAGAGGACCGUGGAGUUGCAGGCAGAGGUUCAGCGGAUCAGACAACUCAAUCAGAAAGAUUCUCAGGAGAAGUUGUCGUUCCUUCACGGUCUGUUCCAGCGUCUGUUGGCGGGCUGCGUCCUCGUCUCCCAGCCGCAAUGCAUCCUGGGUAGUUUCUCCUGGGCGGAGCUCUGUGAUGUCAUAACGGAACACGUCGACACUCUCACCUCUGACCUUACACGCGCCAACGAGAGGGUGUCCCACCUGCAGGCUGUGUGUGAGAGUAACAGUGUGUGUGUAUCUCAGCUGCAGCAGAGCCAGGAAGGGGUGUUAGUGAGAAUAGAGGAGACAGUGAAACAGAGAGAAGAGACCUGGACAGCACAGAGACAUGAGAUGGACCAACAACACACACACACUGUUACACUGUUACAGGGGAAGAUACAGAUGUUCGGUGCUCAGCUUGAGGAGGCCCGUCAGAGACUAUCCUCACUAGAGAAAGAACGCAUCCAGCUGACCAAUGACCUCGCCAUGCUCCAGAAAACCCUAACCCAGUCUGACCUCCAGGGGUCAACCCUGCUCUCAGCCUGCACCCUACUGGCUGGGGCGCUCACACACCUCACACACGCCACACACACACUCCGCACACAGAAAACUCUCCUCGCACGCCGCUUGGCGGAGCGAGAGGGCCUAGAGAUGGAGGUUAGAACGCUUGUACAAGCUCUAGGGGAGGGAAGAGGAGAGGGGGAUGAGGAGAGGAAGGGAGGAGGGGUGAAGAGGUGGAGAAGGUGUGUGGUGUGUGUGAUAGCUGUGAACAGGUUGUGUGUGUUGGGACGGGGGAGCAGACUGGUGUUUAGGGUGGGUGGGCAGAGGUACCCCUCUAUAGGAGUUUGUGUUUCAGUCGUCCCUCCUCUGGAGGAGAGGGAGAAGGACUCAACACCGCCACCUAAAGGUGAAGAGGAUAAUAACGAUGAAGGGAGAGGAGGACUGUGUGUGAGGUGGCUUCGUCGUAAAGAUAUCUCCUUCUUCAUCAUGUCUUCCAUGGCUGAACUACAAGAGGCCUUAGAGCACACAGUAUCUUCCUCUCGGGUGGUAUUGUCUGCUGCUCGUAACAGUCUAUCCCGCCUCCUGGACCACCUCCUCACCCCCUCAGACCGAGGGUCCCAUCUCACACCCUAUAGCGUGAACAAGGGUUCUCUGGUUAGUAGGCUGGGACAGGGCUUACACCGACUCACGGCCAAACAGAUGAGCAAUAAGUGUCUGGUGGUUUCGCUGCAGCAACACUUCCUGGUUUUCACCCACCGGCUGCACUCCGCUGAGGUGGAGAGGCGGAGCCUGAGGUUAGAGGUCGCACGCCUCAAACGUGUCACCAAGGGCGAUCGAGGACCGUGCCACCUGGUGCCGGCAGAGCGGUUUGGCAGUGUGUGUGAGGAGUUGAGACAGGCCUUACAGAGAGAGGAGCAGGCUCAGGGUCUCCUGAGACAACAGUCUGACCAGCUACACACACUGGGGUUACGCAUGGACACACAUUGUGGAGAAGAGAGAGAGAGAGAACAGACACUCUCACAGGCCGUACAGAGUCUGUCAGAAGCUCGUCAGGAGGUGCGUCAGAAGGAGCAGUCUCUAAGGGUUCUGGGUAAACACCUGUCGGGCCUACAGCAGGAGAAGAAGAGUCUGGAGGAGAGUGUCAGACACGCGGAGGAUGCACUACGCAUGGCAGCCAAGCGCAAGGACUCCCUGGCCAGCUACAUGAAAGCAGUAGAGAGCAGCUACAGAGAGGUCAGAGACCGUAUCGUCCAAUCACGAUCCACCUCCACUGACAAGGACCUCCCUCUGCAGUUACCAAGAGUGCACCUGGAUCUGACCGGACCAGAGAGGUUGCUGGGAGGGCCGGACGUGGCCGCCUGUCAGAGCCUGGUGGGGACGUUCUCUGAGUUAUACCACGCAGCGUUCUCCAGGAUUGGCUCGAUGGAGAGGGAAAUCUCCGCCCACCAAAGCCAUGUCUCCGCCCUCCGGAAUGAACUACACGAUGCCUGUCUCAGGGAGGACCUCUGUUUCAUCCCUGUGUGCGAUUCUCAAUCGUCAAUGACCCCUCACCCAGACGACCUCUGUCAACUCGUCGUUGACCCUGAAGCCCCUCCUACCGAACGCACCAACGUUCUGCUGAGGGAGGCAACGGGCAAACCCAACCCUACCCCCUCCCUCGCUCCCUCCCUCCCCUUGUCAGACCCCCUUAAAAAGGCUAAGGGCAGUAAGAAGGUACCCAAGAAGACUCGGUCUGUAUCUGUUAUGUCCAAGAUACCCCCAGUGCAUCUCCACAUAGACACAAGACAGACUGAUGCCUAA